GUUGCUAGCGCCUCCUCUUUCUUCUACUUCAUUUUUUCUUCCGGCAUCUACGAUACCAAUACCACCUCAGCCGUCAAAUGCACCAUUAAGGGAAAACCAAUGUGAAACUGUCCUGACGUUACAAAUUACUUGGUUGGAUUGCCAAAUGUUAAUAUUGACCUACGGUGAAUCAGCUACUUCUUCUUAUAAAACCGCUUUAUUAUUGGCUUUCUAUGAAGGCUACGUUGAAACCUCUAAAGUGUUACUAGCUCGAGGUGCAA